AUGAAACGUGUCGUCGAAAUACUUGUCAUUUUCUUGGCAAUUGUAAGUGCACCGGCAGCAGCGAGUGCAUCAAUAGAGCCGCAUGAAAAAAGCAUCAAAUCCCAAGCACUUAACUACGGUUUGAAUCGAAACAGUUCGGUUACAAAGGUACAAUGUGUGACUGACACAAUUGAUAGCAUUGUCACCGAAAAUCAUGUGCAAGGCAUAUGGCAAAAUGUCCAAAGAAAAUUGCACAACAAUAUUGGCAACAUAUUCGCAUGUCUUAAGUUAAACGGGUUUUCAGCUCAAGGGUGCAUUGCCAAAGAAGCAAUCGGUAUUGGUCUAUCAAUGAAUGGAUUUUUGGGCAAAUUGGAUUGGGAAACCCCAGAAGCUGGCAAACAAUUACGCAUACAUCUUGUUCGAAACUGUGCCAACUCACAGCAGUGACAAUUUCAAACAGAAAAUGCUACAGUUAAUUUUCUUUUUUUUUUUUGAAUUUUUGUUGAGAGAAAUAGUUUCUAAGAAUAGU